GCACUAUCCAGGUGGUAGAGGUUUACAUGAGUGGUGGAAUUGAGGGACAGGGCUGCGUUCGGCAGUCGGCAUCACUAGCGUGGCUUGACAUUACGAUGCUGACCGGGGCUAGAAAAUGCCGCCGUCACAGAGCUCAUCAGUUGAGCUGGGAUUUGCAGCGUUUGCGGCCAGUAAGCAAGCGUUGUUAUUGUGUAGCAAGUACCGGGCAACAGAAUUCACCCCGAUGGUUGCAUAUGCAUGCAACAAUUACAUGCAUCUACACCCAACUAGCGCAAAGGGUGCAUAUCACUUGUCGAGCCAUAUAGGCUAAGACUUAUGGAAACAUUCUAGCAGCGUUAGCUUCCCCACCAAACCACACUUCGUAUCCCCGAUGAAUGACGCCCCGGAUGCGACGGCAUUGUCCCAAAGCGUCUGAAGAUUCACGAUCAGCCCAACGAAACCGGUGCAUCAAGCCCACGGGGGACCACGGGGUAGGACAUCGGGAGUAAGCUUCUGUGCUGAUUUGCUCCAAUGGCAGCAUGGUGCCUCGCAAAGUUCAUCGCCAGCGUGCCAUUUCUCAACCAGUAGGGCUUAGCGGGCCUGGAUUCUUAGUCUUGCUUGUUGGUUGUGGAGUAUCGAUACGCUUUUUGUUUCCCUUGAUGGCCUAAAGUCUAUACACGUUGUGGAAUGAUCGACCAGGGGAAUGUAGCCUAUAAUCUGACGAGUCACGACAGCGCAGCCGAAGCGAACCCCAACCGGAGGCACUCCGUCCAAGCUUCGCCGGCCCCGUCUCAUCAUUGCAUAUAAGCUUGUCAUAUCCCUCCCCUCAUCCUCUCUUCCUCCCCAUCCAUCACCAACACACACUCACUCUCUUCAAGAUGAUGUUCUCCACCCUCUUCCUCGGCCUUGCUGGCCUUGCUGCUGCCAUGCCCUCCGCUGAGGAGAUGUUCCCCUCUGACGGCGGUGUCAUUGUCGAGCACCUUGCCUCCAACUACUUCCCCCACGCCAAGGCCGACGUCUCCGCCUUUGACGUUUCCACCCACUUCACCGGCUACAACCAGUCCAUGGAGCGCUGGCUCGAGUCCGUCGACCCCUCCACCGGCCGCGACGACCGCGAGAAGGCUGGCAUUCUGAUUUCUGUUGCCUACGCACGCAACUUCUCCGAGACCAAUGAGGACAUGGUCGCCGACCGCGACAUGCUCCUCGCCGCCAUUGCUGGCACCCCCGUCCCCCGCUCGACCCUGGAGCAGCGCGACGCCCACUACAUCAUCUCCCACGCCCACGUUGUCGCAUGGCACGCCUGCAAGACCUUCUUCUCCUGCGUCUCCGGUACCACCUGCCACUUCGACAUCAACGUCGGCAAGGCUCCCCGCAACAAGUGCCAGGAGCAGGGCGGCUCCAACUGCUGCAUCUCCUGGUCCACCUACAAGGUCCAGGCUGGCUUCUUCUCUCGCACCUGGACGAACUGCAACGCCGAGGUCAACGACAAGACUGGCGACAACGUCUCCUGCGAGGGUAAGGGUGACAACACUGGCGGUGAUGUCUGCCUUUCCAACCGUGGUUCUGGCUGCACCUAAGCGGGUGCUUGUUCGCCUUGCGCUGGUUGAUAGAGCUGCCUGUAAAUAGAACAUCUUCUCUACAUUAGCUAGCAAUGAAAUCCUAGUUAUUAUUAGUAUCUCCACUUCUUAUUACCAGUGAUUUUAUCAAAUUUUGGUCGUUUCACCAAAAGUUUGCCUCUGGGUAGUGUCGAAUUGGGGAAAUUUGGGGUAGGCCAAUGGGUGCCUCUGAUUGGCCAAUGGGUGCUAAAAUGCGCCAACUCCUUCACCAUUCUCUCAACAGUCUCUCAUAAGUUUAAACUGUACUCCCACGACUCCCCAGAAUAUUUUACAUUUCUUACAUAUUUUUGCGCAUACGCACCAUGCAAUCUCAAGGCUGUUGUGCUCAACCACCCCACCGACCCAACAAAUCACUUUUUGGAGAUGGAAUAUCUGAAACAGGCGGCGAAGCGCCAGGUCGCGCGUAAAUAGUGGCGCCAUUCGGCCCUUUAAGCGACAAGUGCACCCUUGACCAGAAAUGGCCAGAGUCCCAGAAGUAAACGUGACUUCACC